CGGAAGCGGAUGUGGCAGGACUGAAGCAUGCAGUAAGAGCCGCUAUCCAAACACGCAUCAGCUUGAACACAGUCAGUAGAGGUAAUCACUGAAGUAUGGACAGUGUGCAGCAGGUGACAGCAGUAGGACAGGUUCUGGUGGACCAGAGUUUGGACCUGACUCAGCGGUUCAGAGCCUUAUUCACCCUUAAGAACCUGGGAGGUAUUGAAGCUAUAGAAUGGAUCAGUAAAGCCUUCACUGAUGAGUCCGCUCUGCUGAAGCAUGAACUGGCUUACUGCCUUGGACAGAUGCAGGAUAAACAUGCCAUACCUGCUUUGACUUCUGUACUCAAAGACACACAGCAGGAACCUAUGGUCAGACAUGAAGCAGGAGAGGCUCUGGGAGCCAUUGGUGAUCCGGUGGUUCUGGAUCUACUGAAAGAGUACAGUCAGGAUCCUGUUGUAGAGGUUGCAGAAACGUGUCAGUUGGCCGUUUGUCGUUUGGAGUGGCUGCAGAGUGAAGGAGAUAAACAAUUAGAGGAUGGAAGCACAGAUAAGAACCCCUACUGUUCUGUAGACCCGGCCCCUCCAGCUGUUAGGAAGAGUGUGUCAGAGCUGCGCUCCAUCCUUUUGGAUGAGAGUCUGCCACUCUUUGAACGCUACCGUGCCAUGUUUGCACUCCGUAACCUAGGCAACAAGGAGGCAGUGCUGGCACUAGGAGACGGCCUGCAGUGCUCCGGCGCUCUGUUCCGUCAUGAGAUUGGCUAUGUCCUGGGUCAGAUGCAGCACCCAGCAGCAGUACCAGCCUUGCGCGCAGCUCUGGAGCUUUCUGAUGAGAACCCCAUGGUCCGGCAUGAGGCGGCGGAGGCUCUUGGCUCCAUCGGGAAAGAGGAAUGUCUGACUGUGCUGCAGCAUUACUGUGGAGAUAAAGAACGUGUCGUCAAGGAGAGCUGUGAGGUUGCUCUCGAUAUGCUGGAGUACGAAAAUAGCGACCAGUUCCAGUAUGCAGACGGACUGGUAAGGUUACAAGGUUAAAGGUCAAUGUCACAACUGAAGGACCUUUCACUCAAAUGUCUUUCACAUUUUGACUUAAUAUUAUAAUAUUUACAGCAUAGACAGAUGGUCAAUGAAACUACUGGUUCUCUAGGAUGAAGCUUUACAUUAUAAAAGAUACAUAAAUCAAUGAGUGUGGGAGUGAGUCUCAGCUGGCGGGUGUAUAGAUGUUGCAGUGGGGUGGGGCUGUGCACGGACGUUUCUGUGACUUUCCAAAAUGGACAAGCAACCAUUCACACUCAUUUCAUACCAUGAUCUGUGCAGAGACAUGGACAUAGUCAGGUUUGAACUUCUCUCUCUGGAUGUCCUUUUUCUUUCAUGACACAACUAUUUUUGUCACUUCAUGUGAAUAGCUGAGUGCAACACUCUAACUGCUUCUGAAAGACUGAAAUAUGCACCAUGAUCCCAGAAUGUAAACAAAUCACGGCUCCCACCUUCCCCCUCUCCUCUCUGUGACAGUUGGCUUAAUUCAAAUUCAACAUGGAGCAAAACUCAUCAUUCUCUGAAACUGUGUUGGUGAAUGUCAGUGUGUCUGGACUGUGUAACAGCUCAGUGCUGAUUUCUCAACUUUACCUAAAGUGUUUUUAAAAUAAUUUUCCUCCAACCAUAUACUUGUUUUCUGCUGUUAUUUGCAGUUCUGAUCCAACCUGUACUGUGGUCUGAUCAGGUCUGAUGCUCUUUCAUUCUGCCUUAAUGAAAAAGAGUGACUACUCUUUAGGGGAUUAACAGUAUGUUGUGAAUGACACAGUGCAUUAUGUUUGGAAGGUUCAUCCCAUUAAUCUGCUAAUCUGUUGAUUAGCACUUAGAUUACUUAUUUUAAUUGGUUAAAGGUUGAAAUAUCAUCAGGAUUUUUUGUCAGCCAGCUGUGUACUGUAUAUAUAAAAUAAAAACUAUGUUGUA